UCACAAUACUUGAUUCAGCUACGCUCGGUUUUAUAGAUGGCGAAAACCGAUACUGUCAGCUCGUUGGGAAAGAAGAGGAAGCGCGAAUCGAAGAAGUCCGACCGUGUCCAAACAAAAACGAAGACCAGGCGAACGUCCUCCAGUGAAGAGGUUGAAGAUCCUCAAACCGUUAUCCUCCAGCUCGAGUCGCAAAUUCUUGAAUCUCGCCGGCAUUACAACAACAUUGCGACUCUGAUUCAGUCAGUACGAAACCACGACACGGAAAAUGACUCUGCGAUUCUGGCAGCCGUCGCAUUAUGUCGAGUUUUCUCAAGAUUACUUUCCACAGGCGACAUGGUCAAAAGCAAAGGAAUGGCAGAGUCGGAAGUCGUCAUUGUGCAAUGGCUGAAGGAAAGAUAUCGAGAGUAUACGGAAGCACUUAUAGAACAGUUUCUUAAGAGUGGAAUCGCGGCAACGCAGUCGGCUGCUUUGACACUGCUGAUGCGCCUGUUGAAGCAGGAGGCGCAAACACAGAAAGAUUAUAAUUGGAAGCAUGGCUCAUUGUCUAGGCUGGUGGAGACCGUACUAUACCUUCCAGGGGAUGACACAAUCCGUGAAGAGUUCGUGGAAAAGUACUUCAAACCGUACGAUGACAUUCGAUUCUUCACAUUUCAGAUCAUCAAAUCCACGUUUGAAAUCGAACUCCCAGAGCAUUUCGAGACCCUUGUAUCAACCAACGCUCUCUCGAUCCUUAUGACAAUGGAGAAUAUACCCACAUCCAAGGACGACCUGCAGAACUUCUACGCGGUUUCGCCUAAGCAAUUAGGGGCAGGGUCUCAGGCAUUAUCUACAUAUAGGGAAAGCGCACAAAACGCGUGGCUUGCAGCACUACGAUCAGGCAUGACCAAGGAGCAGCGGAAAGCCAUACUAAAUGUCUUCCCACAUCGAAUUGCGCCUUUGUUCCGACAACCGGAGCUUUUGAUGGACUUCCUCACAGACUCUUACGAUGUUGGUGGUGGGACUUCAUUGCUGGCUUUGUCAGGCCUUUACUACCUCAUAUCUGAGAAGAAUCUGGACUACCCAAUGUUCUAUCAGAAGCUUUAUUCCUUGCUGGACGAGAACCUCUUACACUCAAAGUACAGGUCCCGCUUCUUUCGCCUUCUGGACACAUUCAUGGCAUCAACACAUUUACCAGCCGCGCUGGUGGCAAGUUUCAUCAAGCGCUUUUCCCGACUAGCACUCCAUAGCCCGCCUGCUGGUAUAGUAGCAGUCAUACCUUGGAUAUACAACAUGUUCAGACGGCACCCUGUUUGUACAUUCAUGAUUCACCGAGAAAUUCGAGAGCGUGAGUUGAGGGAAGAGAUCGAAGAAGAAGGCAUGGAUGACCCUUUCGAUAUGGACGAGGUGGACCCCAUGUUAUCUGGCGCAAUUGAGUCAAGCCUGUGGGAGAUUGAGACACUGCAGUCGCACUACCAUCCCAAUGUGGCCACACUGGCAAAGAUCAUCUCUGAGCAGUUCACGAAACGCUCGUACAAUCUGGAGGAUUUCCUAGAUCAUUCAUACAAUGCCCUUAUCGAAACGGAGCUUUCAAGAGAAUUGAAGAAGGAACCUGUGGUAGAGUACGAGAUUCCGAAAAGGAUAUAUACGUCGGAAACGUCUGAUUUCAACCCCCUCGGACAGCUGUUGCUGAAGACCUCAAACGCUGCCUAGAGUGCAAUCAAUCGGUAACGAUGUGAUUUUUUUAAUAAUAUUCAAAUGGAGCACUG